UCUUUUCUUGCUCCGUGAGAUUAUCUUCUUUGACCAAAUUGCGGUCCGCGGAAAACUCAUUGGAGAAUUUUGAAACCGAGCAGCACUGAGAGAAGAGAGAGAGAGAGAGGGGAGGGAGGGAGAGAGAGGAGCGAGAAGUAGCCUUCUUCUCUCUCUCUCCUCUUCUUGAAGGAAUUGAUCCUUUGUCUGGUCAAUAAUAGGUUCUCCUUCGUAUGCUUUAUCUCUCUUCUUCCUUUCUUGCUCGCGAUUGGGGGAUUGGCGAAUGAGAACAUCGCUGAGGAAGCUGAGGGGGAUGGGGCUCCAACGGAGCGAGCUGAGGGAGAGGAAAGAGCAUCAGCCACGGGCGAAGCUGGAUGAGCUUGUACAAGCCGUACAGGACAUGAAAGACAUGAAGAGUUGUUAUGAUGGUUUACUAUCAACAGCUGCUGCCACUGCAAAUAGUGCAUAUGAAUUUUCUGAAGCCCUACGUGAGAUGGGCACAUGCCUGCUUGAAAAGAAUGCAUUGCAGGAUGAUGAAGAUAGUGGUCGGGUUUUAUUGAUGCUUGGGAAAGUGCAAUUUGAACUUCAGAAGCUUGUUGAUAAUUAUCGUACUCAUAUUAUCCAGACUAUAACAAAACCAUCAGAGUGUCUUCUUGGGGAACUUCAAAUUGUAGAGGGGAUGAAACAACAAUGUGAUGAUAAGCGAGAUUACUAUAAAUUGAUGUUAACUGCGCCUAGAGUAAAAGGAAGAUCAAGAAAUUCUAAAGGAGAGGCAGUUACUCUACAGCAGCUGCAAGCAGCUCGUGAAGAUUAUGAGGAGGAUGCAGACCUUUUUAUCUUCCGCUUAAAAUCAUUGAAGCAGGGUCAAUCACGAAGUCUUCUCACUCAGGCUGCUCGUCACCAUUGUGCACAGUUGAACUUCUUUAGGAAAGGAUUCAAGUCAUUGGAGCUGAUUGAACCACAUGUAAAAGCUGUCACAGAACAGCAGCAUAUUGAUUAUAAUUUCCGAGGACUCGAAGAUGAUUGCACAGAUUUUGAUGAUGACGGUGGUUCUUUUUGUUCAGAUAGCAGCGAAGAUGUAGAAUUAAGUUUUGAUUAUGGAUUGAAUGAACAAGCUUACAAUGCUCUUGCCGCAAGUUCAAUGGAGCUAGAUCAAGUUGAAAGUACGCCAACAAAGGAAUCAUCUUUGGAACUUGUGCAGCAGGAAAAUAUAUCAAAAAAACAGGCUGAACUGCUGUUUCGCAAUGAAAAUCCAACCCAUAGCAGCCAGUCGGCCCCAAUUUUUUCAGAUAUCAAGUUUGAUUUUUCUGACAAAACAAAAGACAGACUGCCUCAGUCCACAAGAAAGUAUCACACCUAUGCCCUUCCUACACCGCUGGAUGUGAAGAACUCUGCAUCUGUCACUACAAAUGUUUCAUUUUCUUCUGCCCUUCCUAAAACCAAAGCUGGUUUGGAAAUCGAGCAGAAACAGACCUCUCCAUUGGAACCUCAUAAACCACCAUAUUUCAAGGACAAGAACUCUCCAAGCCCCAUCAGAUCGCCAAAAACACCUUCACUGUCUCCUAAACAGAUGAAAUGGCAAGCCUUCUCCGGUCCGAUAAUGGUAAAAUCUGGAUCAAUCAAGGCAUUUUCUGCUCCUUAUGGUUUCCCAAAAACAGAGGAUUCUGCAUCUCAUUCCCAGGUUCUUACCGCUUUAUCAUCUCCAAAGAUUAGUGCACUUCAUGAGCUUCCUAGACCUCCAAUCUCUUCGCUGCCACAAUCUGGAAUACAGAACAGUUUUGUUGGUCAUUCAGCUCCAUUAAUCUCCAGAGGUCAGGAGAUUCAAACAGGAAGAAUAUUUCCAGUUUCUUCGCCGACGGCGAUGCCGCUGCCAGCUCCACCGACUUCGGUUCCGAGGAGCUUUUCGAUACCUUAUAGUGGUCAAAGGACGCCGUUAGGAACUGUAGUUAAUAAGCAAUUAGAUCUUGUUAGACGUGAUCAUCUUAACUUGACCGAAGAGAUUGAUUCACCUCCUUUAACUCCCCUGUCGCUUAAAAGAUUUGCCGCAUCAUCUUCUUCACCAAAAGGACUGAUGUGA